AUGUCACUGAACUUCCUUUCCUAUGAUGAUGACUUCUGUGGAUACUGUGGAGCGAUUCUGGAGCUUCCUCCCCAAGCACCGUCAACGGUGACCUGUAAAGUUUGCUCCACUCGGUGGAAUGUCAAAGAAAGAGUCGAUCAAGUAGUGAGCCGCGUUGAGAAGAUUUAUGAGAGAACAGUGGCCGACACAGAUGGAAUUGAGAACGACGAGUCUGCUGAUGCAGUGGUGGAUCACAUUUGCACGAAAUGCGGACACACGAAAGCAUCCUACUCCACCAUGCAGACCAGAUCGGCUGAUGAAGGACAAACGGUGUUCUAUACGUGUCUGAAGUGCAAGAAGAAGGAUAUUGAAUAUUCAUGA